UUUCUCUGCCCAGGCCAGCAUCAUGCUGAGAGAGUCAUACCCAUAGGUCCCAGGGCUGGUGCAGCUCUCUGCCCAGGCACCGAGCGCAGGGGAUGCUGAGACUCUAGGCAGAGGCUGGCUGGGAACGGUACAUAAUGGUCUGCACUGCGUAGUUGUACUCAGCGAUGCUGCCGCCGCUCUGAUCCAGGCAGACUUGCUCAUGAAAGAAUCUGUGAACAAAGGGCAGCAGCCCCUUUCAGAAGCUCUGGGCACAGUGUUUUUCUCUAGGUGGACACUCUGCCACUGACUGUGAGGGUUUGGUUCUGCCUUGCUGAAUUGUUGGUUGAAAUUGGUGGGAGUUCCUGGUGGAGAGUAUAGUGGGAUCUUCUGUUGUCUGCAAAAUAGUGGUCAGCACUUCUAAUGUGUCCAUUGUGUUGGCAGCUAGGUGCCAGCACGUUGGAGAUUCUCUUUGGUCAGUGACUCCUUGAAGUUUUAAAUAAUUUGAGUUUCUUUGUCUCUCAUUUUUGGAAGCAGCAUGACUUGCGUGAAGAUGACCUGCUUGGAAGUACCUGUCAUUGACGUCCAGAAUGACAACUUCAAAGAGCUGUGGCCGUCCAUGCUCCUGGCUAUAAAAACCUCUAGUUUCAUAGCAGUUGACACGGAGCUAAGUGGUCUAGGAGCGAGGAAGAGUCUGCUAAACCAAUGUAUUGAAGAGAGAUACAAAGCUGUCUGCAGUGCUGCCAGAACACGCUCUGUCCUGUCUUUAGGAAUCGCUUGUUUCAAACAGCUCCCAGACAAGUCUGAGAAUACGUACCUCUCCCAAAUCUACAACCUGACCCUGCUGUGUAUGGAGGAGUAUAUCAUCGAACCGCAGUCAGUUCAGUUUCUGGUGCAACACGGCUUUGACUUCAACAAACAGUACUCACAGGGCAUUCCCUACCACAAGGGCAAUGACAAGGGCAAUGAGAACCAGAGCCAGAACGUUCGUGCUUUCUUCUUGGAGCUGAUCCGAGCAAAGAAACCCCUCAUUCUGCACAAUGGCCUGAUUGAUCUAGUGUUCCUGUACCAGUGCUUCUACGCCCACCUCCCUGAUAAUCUUGGCACCUUCACCGCUGACCUUUCGGAGAUGUUCCCAGCUGGGAUAUACGAUACCAAAUACGCCUCUGAGUUCGAGACCCGCUUUGUAGCCUCCUAUCUGGAGUACGCCUACAAGAAAUGCAAACGAGAGAAUUGCAAGCGGAAGGAUUCCAGCAGCCAGCACCUAUCCAUUGAGUUUUGUAACUACCCCGCAAGCAUGUCUCCAUACGUAGACUAUCGCUACUGCUCCAUGGCAGACACUGAUCGCAAUGUGGCAGAUACAAAUAAGGUCCAAGUCUGUGAAACAUUCUCGGCCUACGGCUGGUGUCCCAACGGGGUGAAGUGUUCCCGGUCUCACAACAUCGACCUCAUUAUCGACGAGGAUGAGAAGUUUAAAGAGGAGAAGCGGAAGAAGCGGAAGCAGAGGUGGAGGCGCCAGAAGAAUGCAGAGGAGUCCGUGAAAGCGUCUGAGCAGGGAAGUCCGGGAAGGGGGAAGGACAUGGAGGUGACUCAGAAUGGGGAGGACGGGCCUCCAUGCAAACAAAGCUGCCCUGGCAGCCUGGCUGCUGGGAUGCUCCCUGCUCGUGCAGAGCCAGCAGGGAACGGUUCCAGUGAGGAGGGCCCCCUGCUGGAGGCGGAGAGUUCGAUUGACAUGGACCGUGAGCCUGGCUCUGACAGUGCAACAGAUGUCAAGAUGGAGGAUGAUCUGGGGGAUGCCACAGACCAGGCGAGCAGCACUCACCCAGCUGCCCCCCCAGUAGAAACAGAUGUCAGUCUCGCUGCCAGAGGAAACGCCUUGGACAGCAGCCAAGUGAAAGGGCAGCAGGUGGGCACUGAUGAGCGAGGCUCAACUGUCCACCCGCAGAGCUGUUCUGAAACUAAAACCCCAUCCUCUGCCAGGGAGCACACGGCGUCCCAGGAGAGCCGCUCGGAAGGGGGCAUUCACCGAGCUGGCUUUGAUGCCUUCAUGACUGGCUAUAUCAUGGCCUAUGUCUGGAUGCUUAAGAAAGGAGAGGGCAGCGACUCUGGCUCUGGGCCCUGGCUGCCAGACUGUCACAAUAAGUUGUAUCUCAGUGGGAAAUCGGUGCCACUUCAGAUAGUGAAGAGUUUGUUUUCUAAAUCCUCCAAAGCCCACAGCCAGAAAAUGAAGUUGGCCUGGGCUAGUGGCUAGAACUGGGAGACUCUCGUUUUUGUGUUUUCCUCCAGCACUUGGAGGCUUUUCACUUGGUACAUGAAGAGUUUAGCAGGAGGGAAGCAAGUUCUUAGUCAUGUUUUAUUUCUGUACAAUUAAAUUGCACCCUGCCUGAA